GCCGGACGCCAGUCUUGCAGCCCUACGUUAUCGACAAGAGACGGGGAGAUAAGAUAGAAAAAAGAUGGGGUUUACGGUCCGUGCGAAUGCAUGCCCGGUCAUCGCUGGCUAGCGUUCCGCGAACCGCCCGAACCUUUGCGACCAAACGACGGAGAGGCUCAAAAACAAGAAAUCUCCAGUCCGCUUUGCGCCCAGUAAUAUCUCACUGCCGAUACUCAUCGAGUCAGCCAGGGAUCCCGUCCCCUCAGAAACAGCCCUCACAAUGGCCUCCCAACCACCAGCAGAAACUCCCGCCCCGGCGCCGGCGGCGACGACCCCAGAAACCCCCGAGAUCAUACCCUCAGCCGAGAACCAUUACGGCACGCCCAACCUUUUGCACAACUCCGCCAUCAUCGUUUCCAUUCUCGCGCCCAUUGGUCUUCUUCUUCCCGGUCGCGGGCGCGGCCAGUUCUCCGUGCAAAACGCUAUUCUAGGUUCGGGCACCUUCUGGGGCUUCAAUCAGCUCUCGUUCGACUACACGGGCAAGUCGAUCUACCAGCGGUCCAACGAGAAGUGGGCCAAAGUGCUGUCUACCGGCGACGCGUUGCCGGAACAGGCCAAGAAGAACAAGGCCUUGAUUGAGGCGGAGAGGGCUAGGAGGAAGCUUGCGCAGGAGCAGCAAGACCGAAAUGACAAGCAUGAGAAGGAUGGGGGAGUGUUGACUAAGAUUUGGAUGGGUGAUGAGAGGGAAGGGUGGAAGGAGAAGAGGCUGGAGGAGGAGAAGAAGGCGUUGGAGAGUGGAAAGGGAUACGGGAGCUUGAUCAUGGAUCAGAUCUGGGAGGUUUGGAAUCAGGAGGGUAAGGGUAAGAAGAAGGAUGAGAAGGGAAAGGAUGGUGAUGAUACCCCGAAGAAGAAGUAAGAGGCGCAGGAGGAAGGGAGAAGAGGAUGUUAAAUUACCGUCUGAGACGAGAGCUCCUGGACACGGGUUGAGGACGCGGAUGAGCAAUGAUUACUGCAUACUACAUUCAACAACGGGCAAACUGUCGCCGCUGAGGGUGCCUGGUUGU